AUGGCUGAGAUUGUGCAGCUGGUUGAAAAGGCCACGGUGGGCAUCGUAGGUCGCACAGGCGCCGGCAAGUCUUCGCUGGUGCUGGCCCUGCUGCGCGUCAUCAGGGCCACCAGCGGUCGCAUUCUCGUCGACGGAGUUGACAUCGCGUCCAUACCGCUGUCCAGGCUACGAACCGCCAUCACCGUCAUACCACAGGACCCCUGCCUGGUGGACGGCACGCUACGCGCCAACCUCGACCCUCGCGAGUGCCACUCGGACGAAGAAUUAAACAAAGUGCUGCAGCAGACUCACCUCGCAUCAUACGUGCAGCGACAACCCGGUGGGCUUCGGCUACGCACUGGACCGGGUGGUGAGCACCUAAGUGUGGGCCAGAGGCAGCUGGUGUGUCUGGCGCGUGCCUUACUGCGGAGACCCAAGAUCCUGGUGCUGGACGAGGCCACCUCGCAGAUGGAUGGCGACACGGACAGCCUGAUCCAGGCGACGCUCAGGGAAAGCUUCGCCGCAAGCACCGUGCUCACGGUGGCACACAGGAUACACACAGUGCUCGACUAUGACAAAAUACUGGUCAUGGGUGAUGGGAAGGUCCUGGAGUUUGCAUCCGUGCAAGAUCUCCUCCGAGACCCCAGCUCAAUAUUUUCCAACAUGGCUAGAUGUGCGGCCAUAUCUCAAACCAUCAAAAACCAAGACACGGAUGAACAAUCUGCACCAAGAGAAUAUACUCGACUCUGAAUUUCA